CUCGACUGAAAAGCUGGAAAGCAGAGCACAGACCGAAGACUUUAGCAUACUCUCUCUCUCGGUGGGACAAGAUCUCUCAUCUUUUCUAGUUCUCUCUCUCUUCUUCCUUAGCCGCCUUAUAAAACACGGACCCUGUCUAAUGCUCGCUCUGUUUUCGCUGCAAUAUCGGAUUGUUUAUGGAUUGAUCCGAGAAGUUGAAAUCCCUGAAAAAUAUUCGCCGAAAUGCCUUCACUUUGUUUGUCUAGACCAGAAAGUAGAAUUAUUUUAUUCAUUGUUUGAACGUACGUAGGAUCAGGUAGUAGUUCCGUUGCCGGAGAUCAAUUUCCCGGUGUUGGUUGUGGGUUCUUUGCUUCAUUUAACUUCUAUCAGCCGAGAGAAGAGCUUUUGUUUUCAGUCUUAGCGUAUAAUCAUUGAGGUUCCUUGAGGUACUGUGAAUUUUGGUAAGACAUCCGUCAGAGCCGGUAGGUAGGUAAAGAUUAGGGAAAAUAAGGCUGAUUGACUGGUAGAUAAGAGAGAGAGAGAGAGAGAGAGAGAAACCCCAAAACAUUGUCUCCAAAAGCUUCUUUGGAAAUCUAGAAAAUGCCCUGAGAUUUUUUGUUUGUCUUUCAAUUUUGUGCUUGUUUAGUAAAUUGUUCCCAAGAAAACCCUAGCAAAAAUUUCCCAGUAUCUAUGCCGGUCGACUUGGAUAAUUCCUCUACGGCUUCCGGGGAAGCUAGCGUCUCUUCCUCUGGGAAUCAGAGUCAACCCCCAAAGCCCACAGCUAAGAAAAAGCGCAACCUCCCUGGAAUGCCCGAUCCAGAUGCGGAGGUGAUUUCUCUGUCUCCGAAGACCCUCAUGGCCACGAACCGAUUCGUAUGCGAGAUUUGCAACAAAGGGUUUCAGAGGGAUCAGAACCUUCAGCUCCAUCGUCGGGGUCACAAUCUACCGUGGAAGCUCAGGCAGAGGUCGAGCAAGGAGGUUAAGAAGAGGGUUUAUGUUUGUCCUGAGCCGUCGUGCGUGCAUCACGAUCCAUCGCGAGCCCUGGGCGAUCUCACGGGGAUAAAGAAGCAUUUCUGUAGGAAACACGGUGAGAAGAAGUGGAAAUGCGAUAAGUGCUCGAAGAAGUACGCGGUGCAGUCCGAUUGGAAAGCUCAUUCAAAGAUUUGUGGCACUAGGGAGUACAAAUGCGACUGUGGGACUUUGUUUUCUAGGAGGGAUAGCUUUAUCACCCACCGGGCGUUCUGCGAUGCGUUGGCAGAGGAGAGCGCCAGAGCUCAGACUCAGCCGUUGGCGAAUCCAACUUCGGAGCCAAACUCGAAUGCAAAGGCAGUUGAUUCACCAGCCCCGCCUCCAGCCCCAGCUCCAGCUCCAGCUCCACCAGCAGCACCACGGCCAAGUACUGGUCAAAUAUCCUCGGUUUUGCCGACUAAGAGUCCGGUGUUACCGGAAAAUCCCCAGCCAAUAGUAGAAGAAGCACCUGCUGCUGCGACAGGCUUAAAUGGGAGCUGUAGUAGCACCACCAGCUCAAGCAGCAAUGGCAAUACAAGCUGUAGCGUAUUCGCAAGCUUAUUUGCUUCCUCUACUGCAUCAGCAAGCUUGCAAACUCCUCAAACUCCUGCAUUUACCGACUUAAUCCGUGCUAUGGCGCGUCCUGAUCCCCCAACAGAACUUGCACGGCCUUCAUCUACAGAACCAAUUUCUCUCUGCCUCUCCACUAAUCACGCGUCAUCAUUAUUUGGGACUUCAGGGCAAGACCGUCGGCAAUAUGCGGCACCACCACAACCAGCAAUGUCUGCCACCGCACUACUACAGAAGGCUGCCCAAAUGGGGGCAGCCGCCACCAAUGCAUCAUUGCUCCGUGGGUUUGGUAUAGUUUCAUCAUCAUCUUCAUCUGGGCAGCAGGAUGGUUUGCACUGGAGUCAGAGACAAGUAGAGCCCGAGAAUUCCUCAGUUCCUUCGGGGCUUGGACUUGCCCAUUGUGAUGGAGGCUCAGGAUUGAAGGAAUUAAUGAUGGGAACACCUUCUGUCUUUGGUCCUAAGCAAACCACUCUUGAUUUUCUUGGAUUGGGAAUGGCUGCUGGUGGCAGCCCCAGCAGUGGCCUGUCAGCUCUAAUUACAUCUAUAGGCGGUGGUCUUGACGUAGCCGCGGCAGCAGCAUCCUAUGGAGGAGGAGGAGGAGGAGGAGAAUUCUCUGGCAAAGACAUUGGAAGGAACUCAUGACACGUUUGAAGGAAACAGUUCAGAGUAUUUCACUGUUUGAUAUGGAGAAAGGAUCCAUUGAUACGGUCUUUGGUCAACUGGAGUUGCCGGACGAACAAUAAUAAACCGACAAUUUUCUCAUAAAAAAAUAUUGCCCUUUUGAAGGUAAGAACUAGGCCAAAGGCAGUUAGGUCUUUUUCACUGUUUUGCUGCCUUCGAUGACCAGGGCGAUCAGUUCCUUGUCGUGUGGUGUUAGACUCUUAAGUGAGCCAAUUUGCCAUAAAAGCAUGGGACCCUUUUUCUUUCUUCAAAUGCUGCAAAAUGGGGUCAUGUUUAUUCGCAAUAUACUUGUGCCGAUACAUUGUAUUUGCAAAAGGUCGUCCAAAGCUAGAACAAAACGGACCACCAAUUAUUUAAAUCUGCUAGUAUUUUUUUUUUUUAAUCCAAGCCUAGAGCUUUGAAAUGCCAGCGCAGGGGAGGAACUGAUUUGGGCUGCCGUUAUGUCAAGCAUGGACGACUUUGGCUUGGUCUCUGUACAUGACACGUGGCUUUUGGCUAGGGAUCGUCGGCUUGGUCAACCUUCAACCUCUUGUAAUUAUAUUUAAAUUAAAUUGUGCUUUUGUCUUUUGAGGAUGAUUCUGCUUUUGGGGGGUUUUUUAAAUUAUAGAUCUAUUGGAU